UCAAAUAAAUUAUAUUCCUUCGGUAUCGCACAGUGUUAGUCAAUUCUUAUUAGUAAUAAUUAAAAAUAAGGGAAUAAGCCUGAUUACUUUUUACUUAUUUAGUAAUUUAAAUUUAGUAGUAUUUAAUGAAUCAAGUGAAGUGAAAUUUGUAUUUUUAAAUAUUCGGUGGCGUAUUUUAUAAUUUAUAAAACAUUUUAAGCUGACUAAUCACUGAAGACCAGUACAAAUUAUAUUUUUGUUUUGAAUGGACCUAUAGAAAAUUUCAUGUUUCGGAUAAUCAUACCUAGUGGAUUAAAAUUUAUUUGACAGAUUGUGGUUUCCAAUACAGUAUCCAGAGCUUAACUGUAUUUGCAGUUAAUUAUCCAACAUGGUGUCGUCUGCCAUGAAGAGUGGUUUGCUGAUGGGCUUCGGCUCCGUCGGCGUGGUGGUGGGAGCGGUCAUGCUGGUCUAUUGGCCCUCCAUCUUCUUCGCUCAGCUAAGAAGAAUGAUGAUUCUUACGGAGACAUCUACUUCAUUCGGAAUCUGGCGUGAGAUCCCGAUACCGAUGUACCUGGAAUGUUACAUGUUCAACAUUACCAACGUGGAAGAGAUCCUCGCGGGGAAGGCGGCCAAGAUCUCGGUGCAGGAGGUUGGACCCUACGUCUACAGGGAGACCCACACUAAGGUGGACAUAGAGUGGAAUGACAACAGCACUGUGACGUUUUACAACGAGCGAUAUUGGUACUACGAGCCCGAGAUGUCAAACGGCAGUCUGUCAGACUUGAUCACCAGUGUCAACCCCAUCGUGGUGACGAUAGGGCACUUCAUGCGACACAACCACCCGAUCCUCAACAUCCCUGUGGACGCGUUCCUCAAGAUGUUCCACGAGCACAUGUUCGUUACGGCCAACGUGUCCAAGUGGAUGUUCGACGGUAUCGACGACCCCGUGCUCACCGUCAUCAAGACCAGGUUCCCCAAGCUGCCCAUCGACAUACCCUACGACAAGUUCGGCUGGUUCUAUGAUCGCAAUGGCUCAAAGGAGUUCGACGGCCGGUUUUUAAUGAACACAGGCGCGAGCGAAUUCUCGAAUCUCGGCAACGUCGAGAAAUGGAAGUACUCGAAUAGGACGCUGUACCGGGAUGAGUGCGGAGAGGUCCGGGGCUCCACCGGGGAGUUGUGGGCGCCGGAGCUAGGGCAACAGGAGAUCACUAUCUUCGCACCGGAUAUAUGCACAUAUAUGACUCUCGCGAAGAACAGCUCUGUGAGGAUAGAUGGCAUAGACGGGGUGAUGUACGUCGCUAACAGGUCCGUCUUCGAUAACGGAUACAACUACCCUAAAAUGGCGUGCUACUGCGACGAGGUGCGAGAUCGUGACUGCGUGCCGCCGGGCGCACUCAACGUGUCUGCGUGUCGCCUGGGCGCUCCCGCCUUCGUGUCGCGACCACACUUCCUGUACAUGGACCCCCACUACCCCGGCAAGAUAGACGGACUGCGACCCACAGAAGAUAUGAACUUCAGGCUAUCUCUGGAGAUGUAUACCGGCAUGCCGCUCAACGUGGCUGCUCAGUUGCAGAUCAACCUGCUGGUCAGGCACGUGCCGGCUAUGACUUUGAACAACCGGCUGCCGGAUGGUGAUACGCUUGUGCCGAUGUUCUGGUUCCGGCAGGAGGUGCGGGUCACUGACCGGUACGCACGACUGGCUCGGUUCGCGCUCGGCUUGCGGAGUGGCAUGCCCUACGGUUUCUACGUGCUCACGGCGAUAGGUGUUGUAUUAAUAAUGGCAUCCAUUUGGAUACUGAUGAAGAAGCUCCUGAGGUCACCCGAAACCUCGCCCAUACUUCAAAACUCAUCGCAGGAGAAUAUUUCCGAUGAGAGAUAGUAAGGAUUAUCUGCAAACAUUUCAUAUUAAGCUAAAGCCGACUUUAUCCCGACGUUGCAUAUAACGCAACAUAAUAUACUAUUUGAUUUAUGGUUUUGUUAAUAUAUAUACUAUAAAAAUCGGUAACAGUGAAUGUCUAAUAUUACUGUAUGUAAUAUUUGACUUAAAGUUACUAUUUAAUAAUGUCACAUCGACUAUAAAUACCGUAACGGUAAGAGACCCCGCAAACUGCAGACUUUUGAUCGGCCGAUAGUUUGGUUGGAUUCUUAAUCAGUAUGAAGAUGUAUGCGAGUGCGCACAUUAUAACGAUUCGGUAUUGGCCGACAAUAGAGUUUGAUGGGCUACACGAUUGCCUUCAAACUGAACCGUCAGCAAACUAUCGGCCGACUGUUAAAUAAGUGCAGCGCUCUUCUAGGCGCGCACACCAUCGAUUGUUUAGUCAGCCAGACUCAUCAAUAGCCGAUUUAAAACUAAUAGCGAAUCGUCCCUAAAACUGUCGGCCGAUAGUUGUCUAGUGUGCGCACUCAUCACAGAGCCAACUGUUUAGUCGGGCCAGUGUGCGCACUUAACAGCCGAACUCAACCAAACUAUCGGCCGAUCGAAAGUCUGCAUUUUGCGGUGUCUCUAAGAGUUUAAAAUACAACCCGGUUACAUUAUCUCUGGACGUGACGCCGAUGACGUCACAUCGUCGCUUAAGUACGGUGUGCAAAACAAGCAUCACUUGGAUAUUAUUAUUAAUAAAUAAACAACUUCAUUUUGCAGUGUUAUAGAUUGAUCUAAAGGUGUUGUGUUGUGAUGCUGAUUAUUAUUAUAAUAAUGUUGAAAUAUCAAUUCAAGGAUAUGGGUUAGAUGCAAAAAGUAUUUAUUUUUCUGCCAGAACUAUUGUAGCGACACAUAACAACUGACAACGAAAGUCAAAACGUAACAAUAACAAAAUAUCUAGACAUUAAGUAAUGUUAAUGAAACUGCAAACCGUACUAACGAAACAGGACGAGCGCGAGGGGGUGAAAGGCUAACGGGAGGGGGCUUCACGAAGUCCAGAGAUAGUGUGGCCGUGUAUUAACUGUAUUGUAACUUAAAGUUACCAUUUAAUAAGGACAUAUUCAUGAAGGUAUAUAAAUACUCUUGUGUACUACUAAGUAUGAAGUACCAAUAAGUAUAACACUUAUAUAAAGAGGUAUUAACAGUUAAAAUACACACAAAUGUGUAAUGCUUUUUAAUCUUGGACAAAUUAACCACUGGACGCGUAACGAGAGCCGUGUUCAUCCUUCUUGCAACUUACUGAGCCUAAUAGCCUCAGUAAGCAAUAUGGCGUUGUCAGUAUGACGCGAGAUCUCGAAGUGACACAUUAUAACAAAAAUGGGCAAAAUGCGUUCUUUUCGCGUGUUUUAACAAUUUCCACCUAAUAUGGUACCUAUUUUUUGGUAUUAUAAGUAAUUUAAUUAAUUUGAUGGGAUUAUAUUAUGUAUCACUCACUGACCUUGUAUAAAUACCAUUGGACAGGCUUUUCCAUAUGUUUGACAGCAAAUUUUGCCACAAAGCGCCACUCGCGAGCGUCCAGAGAACUAAUUUUGACGUAUUAAAACAAAUGGCUGGUAAGGAACGAAAAAUACUCUGAAGUAUUCUUGCAAUUCGAAUUAAUUUCGUUCGUUUUCCGUGUUAUUUAUUCUUCAAGAAUCAACGUUAUAAAGUAUACAUUUUUUUUUGUAAGUAAAUAGUUUCCCAGCAUCUAUCGAUGUUGCUGAGGUUGUCAUCACUAGUUUUAGUACCGCAGACUCUCGCUACAUGGCCAACAGCGCCAAAAUGUCGAAUAUCAAACAUCCACAAAAGCACUUUGACAGCCGCCAGUCCAGUGGCAUAUACAUAUGUUAGAGGUCAGUGGUAUCACUGAUUCAUUCACUUGUCAUUUUUAUUUCUUGUAUAGCUUGAAGCAAUAUUGUUAUAAUCAGAAAAGUACCUUCAACCCGCGAAAAUCUGUAGAUCGUGAUUUCAUAUGUUCUUCUUCGGUUUAUGUCCAGUUGUUAAUGAGUCUAAGUUUUUUAUCUGUCCAUGAUAUUUUGAUUAUUAAAUGUGAUAUUAUAUCUAUACUAGUUUAUAAGGAAUUGUUAUUGUUAUGUUAUCUAUUUAUAUUAUCUAUUUGCCAUUAUAGUCAAAUAUUGAAAUCACUAGGAAAAUAAAUUGUAAAUAAGUGACUAUUUGUACGGGUACGUAUAAAUAAUAUGUAUUCGUACAUACUACAUGUAUUCAUUUUUUUUUAAAUUACGACACGUUAUGUCGAAUCGGCCCUUAUUCACUAGUAGGUAGUAAAUUAACACUAUAAUUUUAUGUUUAAUCACAACGCAUGAGCCGAGCGUAGCGUGCCGCGGCAGGGGCCGGCUAGUGCCAGAACCGAAUCGGCCCUUGUUCACUAUUAAGUCUCAAAGACAAAUUUAAAUAUUGAUAAAUUGUUUGUACCCGUACUAAUAAACUCAGCCGAAAUUAAACAAGAAAAAAUAGUAUUUUUCAACUGUUAAUAUUGUAUAAUUCAAAUUGUUUGCAUCGAUAUGUUAUGCUACGAAGGUCCACUUGUUUUUGUAAAAUACCUAUUAUUAUAAAUAGCAUGCGACUAUAUUAUACUUCAGUGACUAGGUAUCUGUUUAAUAAGUAGAUAUCGGACAUCCAUUUUAUCUUAUAUUAUAGUAAAUGAAAAAGUGACUAGACAAUAUUUUUAUUAAAUAAAUAUAUUAAAUUAUUAUAUAGUUAAAUUUAUUGAUCAUGUAUAUAUAAAAUGAUUGUGUGUUUAUAUUUUACAUACGUUUUGUAUUUAUUAUGUGUUCAACGAAAAGCUAGAUAAAAUUUAUACGUAUUAAUAAUAAUAAUAUUGACACACUUUUUACACAAAUUAUCUUGCCCCAAGUUAAGCAUAUAUAGCCUGUUUUAUGGGUUACAAGACAACGAUAUAUUCAAUACAAUAUACUUACUUAAACAUACAUAAAUACAUUUAAACAUCCAUGACUCGGAAACAAACAUCCAUAUUCAUCAUAUAAAUGCUUGCACCUACCGGGAUUCGAACCCGGAACCUCUAACUUAGUAGGUAGGAUCGCUAACCAUUCGGCUAUACAGGUCGUCAAAUUAAGUAUUAUAAUGUACUUAGAUUCCAAGUAUAUUAAAUUUAUAAAACCGUUAGAUUAACAUACACACACAUAUAUACACACACACAGCACACAAAGUUAGAUACAUAAUAAUAGUAAUAUUGACAAACUUUUUACACAAAUUAUCUUGCCCCAAAUUAAGCAUAUAUAGCCUGUGUUAUGGGUUGCAAGACAUUGAUAUAUUUAAUACAAUAAACUUACUUAAACAUACAUAAAUACAUUUAAACAUCCAUACAUAUAAAUCAACUUUUAUUAUGUUAUUAAUAAUAAUAAUAAUAAUAAAAAUAAUAAUGACGCACUUUUUAUGCCCCAAGUUAAGCAUCUAUAGCCUGUGUUAUUGUGAGUAGUUUUUUUUUCUCUUAGUUUAUAAUAUUUAUGUUAAGGUAAACUUGUUUAUAAUUACAUCAUAUUAUGUUUUUGCUAUGGAAGAGCGGGGCCUCCAACUACAGGCAACUCAUGCAUAAAAGGAGACCACAACACUAAUAUUGUAUGUUUUUGUAUUUUGUUGUAAUAAAAAUAAAAAAAACAUAACCUAUUCGGGCCCAUACUAUAUUGGCACCCAUCACAAUAUUUAGGGUACACUUAAGGAUGAAAAUCAUGUGCUUUGAAUAACUUGAAAAAAAUUACUGGGCGAAUGAGACUUAACAUCUUAUAUCUCAAAGUGACGAGCGCAAUUGCAAUGCCGCUCAAUUGGCAAGGCGUAUCACUUCCGUCAGUUGAACGUGUUCCAGUAACUUCAGUACUAGUUCAGGAGAAAGAUUUUUUUACAUCAUAAAACACAACAUCGCACCAUAUUUCUUUCGAUUCUAAUUAAAAUUGUCAUUGAUGUUGAAUAAAUAGUGGAUAUAUCACACGUUUCACAACAAUAAUAGCUGAUUUUUAUAGACACAAAUAAAAGUAAACAAAAUAUCUGUGCAGCGCUGUCAAGUUUGUUUAGCACACCGGGUGUGCUGACCUUGAAAAAACCGGCACGCAUGGCGAAACAAAAAAUCUAAUCACUCUAUCUCAUUUCUUUACAUAAGACUCGCAUAAGUUUUUCUUUUUCUCGUUUGAGUGAGACGGAAGCUAUCAAUUAGUCUAGUUACUACACUUGGGUCUAUGGCCGCGAAAUGAAACAUCUCCUCUCCUAUCCGCUUUGAUGGAAUCCGGGCCUUAGGAUGCUGGUGUCCUAUGUAACUUAUAAAAUACUAGCAUAUAGAUCUCUUGACAGACUGACAAUGGGUGACCGAUUUUGAUUUGUCGGUGUGUGCGUUAGCUAGUUAGCGUAUUCCAAGCGUGACAGCUUACGACUUGUCAAUUAAAAUCGGUUAUAGUUUUGUUUACAAUGGUGCUUUUUUUAGCCGUGAAACAGUGAAAUUACAAAUGAGACUUAAAAUCUUAUGUCUCAAGGUGACGAGCGCAAUUGUAGUGCCAUUGAGAUUUUUUGGGUUUUUCAAGAAUCCUGAGCGGCACUGCAUUCUAAUCGGCUACUACCAUCAGCUGAACGUCCUGCUCGUCUCGUCCUUUUUUUACUUUUUGUGCUUUUCUUUUUUGCUGUAUCUCCGUUAGAGCUCUUCUCUCCCGCGCGGUGUGUUUGUCUAUAAGCUAGUAUUUUGUAACUUUAUGGUGCUAUGUAUGUGAUAUUCGUAGAGAUAAAGUGGCAAAAACUGAGUAUUGUAUUUUGUAAGUGAUAGAUAUUUCGAUAACAAUUUCACAGAAUCAAAUUUAAAUAAAAUACUUUUUAAAAGAACACAUACGAGUUCUGUCUUUAAUUUUACGUUUGUGCGUACACUUUAAUAUGUAGAUACAUUAUUUCUUGUUAUUUGGGGUUUUCUUUGAGUUUUUCUGACAUGCUUCUUCAUGCUCCCUUAAAUGUCAUUGCUUGUGGCGGCGACUUGGAACGGGUCGUUCCCUUCCCUAAAAUUUGGUCGAGAAAGGCGAUGGCUGGUCCAUGCAUCAUACUGUUGUGACCGGGAGCUACUUGUGGUGGCCUGACAUCAGGAACUCUAUUCAUGUUGUUAAUUGUUUAUUUACUUUAUUAGGGCCAAUGAACAGUAAUACAAUAACAUUUAACUGUAUCUAAUACAUAUAAACCUUAAUUAUUAAUUGUGAAACCAACUAUAUUAGCCACAGAUAAAUUAUAUGAGAGAUAUACAGGUCCAUCUAUAUAAACAAAAAAUAUAAUAUUUAAGUGCUUAGAAACUAAACGAGAAAACGAAAUUAAAGGAGAAAAGAAAAAUAUCGAAGCAUAGUGCAGAUUAUAUAGACUAUAUAGACUGUGUUAAUAAAUAUUAUUGUUUAUAACAUAAGCAUCAGUUUAUCGCUUUCAUUUACUAUUUACUAUAUUAAAUUAAAUUAACUUAAAGUUGAAUAAUUAAUUUAAACUUUUAAAUCCAUAAAUGUUCCAUGACUUAUUCAGUGAUUUACGGCCAUUCUCAAUAUUUAGUCUAUCUCCGGUUGUGGCCUUUUGGAGAUAAAAAAAACGUAACUAUCGUUGACUUCUGUCCCAAUAAACUUAUCGACGGUAAUUCAUCUUAUCCGUACACCCUGUCUGUCAAUAGGAGGCCGUAUAGCUUACCAGAGAUAGAAGUUUUUAUAGAAAAUACAACAGUGAACUGGCGAUAAGAAUGACUUAUCGGGUAUAUUCGGACAGCUUCAGGUUAAUGACAGCUAAUUACCUACUGACAGUAGAAUGUAGUAAUUCAUCUCUAUCUGUAGAUAGUAUAUUGGGAACGGCCGUUACAGACCAAUAUUUUUUUUCUACUAACUUAAAUCUUCAAUACAUUAGCUUUUUUAAUUAUAAGAGUAGACCUGUGCCUUUAAAACAUGAAAUAGUACUUUAAGGUGAAGAGUAAGCAGAAAACACGCAAACAUGGUGUUUUCAGACAAGUUUUGUGGUGAAAAUAUAGCAUUUCGAGCUAUGAACAUUACUUAAUCCUGUUACACAUAUCCUUAAGUCUUGUUUGUAGGUUGCUAAUGCUUGCUGUUGGUUAUAGUUAACACUCCCGAGCCUUUUUGAACUACCACUUUUCUUUGCAGUUAAACAAGUUUUUUGGCAUAGCAGGACGCAUUUUUUAGUACUACUCUCAGAAAAGUUAUUCUUAUAGCUUGUACUUUUUUGUGUAGGUACAUUUAUUCAGAUUAGUAGUGAAUAACGAGGAUUGUAAACAAAUAAACUGUUUUCCACGCAAGAACUUUGAAAAUAUUGGCUUUGUUACAUAGAUGGCAAGCCGGCAGCCGUGAACUCAUAUCGCUCAAGGUCGCUAGCAUUUAGUGUCGCCUUUAUAUCUAAAGCCGGGUCCGCUGCGUGUGCCGUGUUUUCGUGUUUGUCAACACAAUAACAUGUUUAAUAAACCGAUAAGGGGCGUGUUUAACUGUUUUGUUAAAUAAAACAUUUUAACAUGUUUACCGCGACAAAUUGAUAACAUCACCCGCGUUCGCCUGCGCCCUGCGGGGAGGGAAAUUAACGCAUAUUAUGUUAGCGGUCACUGAAAGAAGACCUGUUAUUCGUAGAUAGCGAUAAUUCUAUUUGGUUUGCUUGUGGAAUAAAGAAAAUACUUUUAUUUUUUAUACAACUGAUAACAGAAAAAGCGGUAUUUUAGAAUAUUACAUUGGUAGAUCAUAAAAAUAAAUACAAGCUGUAUACACUGUCGGAAAUAGCAAACAUUUUCCGAAUAGCAAAAGAGGAAGACAAUUAAAAGUUAUUUUCUUAAAAUUAAAUUAAAUUAUACUCCUUAUUUUUGAAAUGAAACAAAAACAGGUGCAGCGGACGGACUGUUUUGCUGACUUGAUUUUUUAAGGCGAAGAGUAAGCAGAAAAGACGCAAACAUGGUGUUUUUAGACAAGUUUUGUGGUGAAAAUAUAGCAUUUGGGGCUAUGAACAUUACUUACUGCUGUUACACAUAACCUUAAGUCUUAUUUGUAGGUUGCUAAUGCUUGCUGUUGAUUAUAGUUAACACUGCCGAGCCUUUUUGAACUACCACUUUUCUUUGAAGUUAAACAAGUUUUUUGGCAUGGCGUGACGCAUAUUUUUGGUACUUCUCUCAGAAAAGUUAUUCUUAUAGCUUGUACUUUUUUGUGUAGGUUAAUUUAUGCAGAUUAGUAGUGAAUAACGAGGAUUGUAAGCAUAUAAACUGUUUUCCACGCAAGAAUUUUGAAAAUAUUGGCUUUGUUACAUAGAUGGCGGGCCGGCAGCCGUGAACUCAUAUCGCUCAAGGUCGCUGGCAUUUAGUGUCGCCUUAACAUGUUUUAUUAUAAGUUUUUAUAAAACAGCGGAUUUGGCUUUAUAAAAGCAACUUUUUGUGACGUUUUGUCUUUACUUAAAAUGUAAGUUGAGUUGAGUUAAUGAUGCUGAUAAAUGUCAUAGGUGACCAUUUAGGUGACGUUUGUAACUCUUUAUUUAAUAAUUAAUUUCUUUUGUAGAUUUAAUAAUAAGAUAGCAAAAAUGUUAAUGUUAUUGUUAUUGUUGAAACGAGACGGUUUUAUAAAUAACAGUUAGCAGUUAAAUUGAUUGAAUGAUAUUCAUAUAUAAUAAAGUUGUUUUGAAAUAAAUGUAUAUUUUUAUUGUA